UAUGAAGUUGGAGUAGGGUGUGUUGUGUUUGAAAAAGCGAGUCACGCUCUCCCACCCCCACGCCUGACCCCCUUCUCUGCUUUCUUGUCUCAAUCUCCAAUGCCAUUCAAUAUUAUGACCUGCCUCUCUUCUUCACUACCUUCCAUCAUCACCCCAAAACACUAUACAGGCACAACUCUCCUUUUCAAUUUUCUUUAUAUAACCAAAUAAUUAUCAUCAAUCUUCCUCCACUUUUCAGUUUCAUAUCUAUCUCAAUAUGUCUAUGUUGGAAGUGAGGGUUCCCAACUUGGAUUGCGAGGGAUGCGCUACCAAGGUUAGGAAAGCUGUACUGAAGCUGAAAGGUGUGGAUGAGGUGGAAGUAGAGAUGGAGGUGCAGAAAAUAACGGUGAGGGGUUACGCAUUGGAGGAGAAAAAGGUGCUCAAGGCCAUUAAACGCGCGGGAAAGGCGGCGGAGCCAUGGCCGUAUCCCGGCUACUCAUAUUUUUCCUCAUUUUACAAAUACCCUUCUCACGUUAUCAACCAUUACUAUGAAACCUCCAGAAACGUCGCCGCGCCAAGCGUUCACACCUUCUUCCACACGCCCGCGGUCUACUCGGUCGCCGUCGCCUCCGACGAGGCGGUCGCCUCCAUCUUCAGCGACGACAACCCUCAUGCUUGCUCUAUCAUGUGAUUCUCAAUGCCAUGCCCCUUUUCUCCCUAUAUUUUUGGAUUUUUCUUUUUUUUUUUGGUAGGGAGAUUUUGUGGUGAUUUUUUUAUUUAUUUAUUUUGCUGGCGCUGCUCAUAUUCUUUUGUUUUAGGCUGUUUUUGUACUAGGGUUUAUGGUUUUAUUAUUGCUUUCUGAUAUUUUACUGCUGCUGGAGGAUGAAGGAUUUUAAUGAUACUUAAAUUCUCUAGUUCUGCUGAA